AUGCUACCAUUUGCAUUGGCGGAAUGGUUCCAUAUGAUGUUAAUGAAUAUCAUGCAAUGCAAUGCAUGGCCGAAUCACCCAGGGCACGCCUGCCAAGGCAUUGGAGAUCGUGCGCUGAGGCGAGAACUUGGGCCCUGGGCCUUGCCGACCUCACGACCGUGGGGAGGCUCAAUCCUCUCCCAGGCCAUGGGCCGUUGGAAUCGGCCAAUGCCAGACCACCAGACGCAAGCACCCAUGCCGAUGCGCUUGUUUGCUGCUGAAUACAGGGUCUCAACAUGCACAGUUUCGGCUACCAGCCCAACGACACACCACGACAGACGGAUGUUGCUCGUCGUUGACAUUUUCCCCGCAGUGGCGAUAUCCCAAUAUCGUAUAGGAAUUCGGACCAGUCGUGACUGCUCCCCUGCUGGGGGAACACUCGCAUCCACACACAUUUGUUACAGAUCUGUGAAGGCACCGAAUCACACCACCUAUGCCACACUCGAAUAUCGGUACCGAGUGCCACCAGGCUGCUUGGUGAUAAGUACUGUCAUUAUUGCGGGUGAAAGUUCCUAUCCCUGCAAAUAUUUGCGCACCAUAUGGAAGAUUCUCUGCGUGAAGUCGCCUCUCCCACAGUGUGCAUCUACACCGCAUGCUCUUCGUUCAUCUCGCAUGGCGCGCGCAGGACAAAUCCUCUCGAUAUUUUCAGUCAAUGCAACCCGGUGGAGCAAUAUCAUCACGCGCUCUUGUCGCCGCACAAAGGGUAAGCGACAAGAGACCAUCAGCUCUCCCAUGAUUGCUGUCCCCAAGCAACCGCGACUCGGCGAAAACGUUGACUGGUGCUCCAGUCCGCGGUCAGCAGUGGAUCCGCCGUUUAUCUACCCGUCGUGUGCUGCACAAGCUAAUGCAACCUUGGAAGGUACAGUGCAGAUCACCACUCGGCAGCGUCCUGUCGUCUCAUCAGUAUUGGUUGGUCUGAACAGAACUUUUCUCGAGGUCGCAGUGACUUCCUCUGCUUGGGGCUGGAUCCGACUUCUUCCUCUGAAUCCGGCUGAUGGUGGAUAA